AUGCAUUUACGUGGGGCAGAACGAGGAGGCAAGAUUUUGAACCCUAGUGAAAAAGUUCCUGAUGUUCAUCACCAGUUGGAUAAGGUUGAUAUCCAAAGCUCAAGUUCUAGCUUGGAUAGCAUGUCCGAACGAGUUAAACCAAUAGAAGAAGAUAAGUUGGUGCUGGAACCUUUAAGUAACGGUUUUCACGAUGCUGCUGAAAGGCUCUCUUCCCCUGACAGUUCAUCCUCACAAAGUACAACCGUUGAUGAAACCUCAGAGUUGUGUCAGGUCUUAGAGGCACCUCCUAACGAACCAGCACCUAUCCAGGCCGUCAAAAAGGCCAAGGAGUUCAAGUUGAAUCCAGCGGCAAAGAACUUUUCUCCAUCUUAUACAAAACGUCUUUCACCGGCUCCUACUGCUAUGCCUGACAUUGGAAAUAUUGCUUAUAUACCAAGCAACAAUCCCAUGCUACCUGUUCCUGAAGCUUUUUACCCAGAACUUGUGAACAACCGUUAUUUGCCCCAAACAUCUCCAUCUUCCAAGUUUGUACCAUAUGGUAAUUUGACUGCUGGAAAUGCUCUUGGUGUUCCUUUUCCUCAACACAUGAUAGGGCCUACUAUUAACAGGGAACACCCGCAGAGAUUCAGUUCUCCAUACCAAUCUGUUCAAGCAUCACCAAUGUUUGUAAACCCAAAUCCUCAGGUAAUUGCUGCGAGAUCAGGACAGCUAGUAUAUGUCCAACCAGUUUCUCAGAAUCUAGUUCAGGGAACACCGGCUCUUCCACCUAUGCUCUCCCGCCCUCUACCUCCCGCACAACAUGUCCAAUACCUGAAGCAUCAAGGUGUAGUUGCAGCUGGCCAGCCGCUGCAGCUAUGCGUUUCCCAACCGUUCACGCCGGGUGUACUGCAACCUUACAGCGUUCCUGUCCAAUAUCCGGUUAUGCAGCCUCCUUUCCCGACGAAUCAGCCAAUGCCAGUUGCUGUUCCUAAUGACUUCUUUGGCAACUUCCAUAAAUAGAGUUUUUUCCUGUUUUUGGUUCCAUACCUUUAUUCUUUGCCUCUCCAACCUAAUAAGGGUUUUUAAAAAGAUGCGUUCUGUGCUCUUUGUUUGAUUUUGGCUAUUACUGGUUUUUGAUUCAUUGGUUUGUCGAGUUGAAUUGGGUGAAAAACUGUAGAAUGUUAAUUAUAUCAUUCUUUGGCUAAACAAUAAAUCCAUACUUGGUGAGCUAAAUAAAUGGCUUUUCAUU